CGGACCACCGUCAUCUGUUUCCUUCCCUCAUCACAAACAACUGCCUGGUCGCCACUCUUCCGCCGCCAUCAUUCAACGCCCAGGGAGAAUCGCCGGCAAUCGUCAUACCGAAUAUCUCUCAACUCAGACAGCGGUCCGAAGUUCAGAAUUCCCUUGAUGAUGCCGGCGAAGCGCAAGGCUCCGGCCGCGCAGGCAGCCGCCGUCAAGGCAGGGCGCACUUCUGCCAUGUCCACGCCGGGACCGGCGACUCCACGCAGCAUCGACGAAAGUUCAGUCAUGUCAGGCGCCGACGAAGACUUCGACGAAGAUGUGCCCGAGGAGCAGAAAAAGCGCGAGGAGAUGCUGACCAAGGAGGCCGACGACUUUGUCAACAAGUUCACAUUUGGCGCCAGGCGACUCCACGGUCAGGCAGAUGACAGUGGAAGACGCUACGAUGCCGCAACGCCAUUUUUCAAAAAGCGGGAUUUCUCCCAUCUCCCGCUCAAAUCCGAUCACCAGAACCGGCCGCUGUGGAUUGAUCCGGACAACUGCACCAUUGUGCUCGAGCGCUUCAACCCGCUUGCUGAGCAGGCGACCGACUUUCUCAUCACCAUCGCGGAGCCCAAGUCUCGGCCAACGUUUCUCCACGAAUAUACCCUGACGCCGCACAGCCUGUAUGCCGCAGUAUCCGUGGGUCUCCGGCCGAAAGACAUCAUCAACACACUCGACCGCUUUCUGAAGACGGCGCUGCCUGACUCCGUCCGGCGGGAGAUUGAACACCACACCAAAAGCUACGGCAAGGUGAAACUGGUGUUGAAACACAACCGAUACUUCGUCGAGAGUGUGGAUGCCGACGUGUUGCAGAUGCUCCUCAAGGAUAAGGAGAUUGGCGCACUGCGUGUACAAGGGUCGAACGAAAUCACGACCAGCUAUGCGCCUACUAUGGGUGGCCUCGUCAUCCCGGGGACGCAGAAUGCAGCUGGCGUCCACCAAGCGAAUCUGAAGCAGGCCGAGAAGAAGUCCGGCGAAGGAGGAGAUGCUCCCAACGAGGCCGAUCUCUUCGCCACCCUGAACGAAGAAGACGACGAUGAUGACAAGGAGGCCGUCCAUUCCUUUGAGAUCGCAGAUUUCAACGUGGAGAAGGUGCAAAAACGAUGUCUGGACAUUGGAUUCCCAAUUUUGGAAGAAUACGACUUCAGAAACGACGACGUCAACCCCAACCUGGAAAUCGACCUCCGCCCUAACACCCAGAUUCGCCCAUACCAGGAGAAGAGUCUGAGCAAGAUGUUCGGCAAUGGACGCGCCAAAAGCGGUAUCAUUGUCCUCCCCUGCGGUGCUGGCAAGACGCUUGUGGGGAUUACGGCCGCUUGCACCAUCAAGAAGGGUGUCAUCGUUUUGUGUACCAGUUCCAUGUCAGUCGUGCAGUGGCGGCAGGAAUUCCUGAAGUGGUCCAACAUCAACCCGGACGACAUUGCCAUAUUCACCGCUGAGAGCAAGAACAAGUUUUCCGGCAGCACCGGUAUCAUCGUGACAACAUACUCGAUGGUCACCAACAGCAGGGAGCGCUCUCACGACUCGAAGAAGAUGAUGGACUUCCUGAGGGGUCGCGAAUGGGGCUUGAUGCUCCUGGAUGAGGUCCACGUUGUCCCCGCGGAAAUGUUCAGACGCGUUAUCAGCUCGAUCAAGUCGCACUCCAAACUCGGGCUCACGGCUACCCUUCUUCGCGAGGACGACAGGAUUUCUCAUCUGAAUUUCUUGAUCGGUCCCAAGCUUUACGAAGCCAACUGGAUGGAGCUGUCCCAGCAGGGCCACAUUGCCAAGGUGCAGUGCGCGGAGGUUUGGUGUCCCAUGCCAACCGAGUUCUACGACGAGUACCUCCGGGCGAGCGCGCGCAUGAAACGGACCCUCUACGCUAUGAACCCGCGCAAGUUCCAGGCCUGCCAGUAUCUCAUCAACUAUCAUGAAGCGCGCGGCGACAAGAUCAUCGUCUUCUCAGACGAGCUGUAUUCGCUGAAGCAGUACGCGCUUAAGCUCAAGAAGGUUUUCAUCUACGGCGGCACAUCCCAAGCGGAGCGCAUGCAAGUGCUCGAAAACUUCCAACACAACCCCGAAGUCAACACCCUCUUCCUUUCUAAAAUCGGCGACACGUCCCUCGACCUUCCCGAGGCAACCUGUCUGAUACAAAUCUCCUCCCACUUCGGCUCUCGCCGGCAGGAAGCCCAGCGGCUCGGGCGCAUCCUCCGGGCGAAGCGCCGCAACGACGAAGGGUUCAACGCCUUCUUCUACUCCCUGGUCUCCAAAGACACCCAGGAGAUGUACUACUCGUCCAAGCGGCAAGCCUUCCUGGUCGACCAGGGGUACGCCUUCAAGGUGAUUACGCAGCUGGCCAACAUCGAGAACACGCCCGACCUGGCCUUCGCCACGCCGCAGGAAUGCCGCGAGCUGCUCCAGCGGACGCUGGUCGACAACGAGAAGGGUGGCGAAGACGAUGUCGAGACCGACGAUCUCUUCGGCAGCAAGCCCGGCCGCGGCAGGAAGAACAACAACAAACUCGGUGGUGGGCCUGCCGUCCGCCGCACGGCCGGCACGCUGAGCGAGCUGAGCGGCGCCCAGGACAUGGCGUACAUUGAGCGCAACAAGGCGGCCAACAAGGCGCUCAAGCAAAACGCCAAGAAGAAGGGCGCGGGCGGCGAGGGCCAGAGCGCCUUCUUCAAGAAGAUCCAGCGGGAGAAGCAGAAGAGCAAGGCGCAGGCUCGUGCUGGCUAGCGACGGUAGACGCGGCCUUUUUAUUUUAUUUUUUUGUAGUCUUUGGUUAUUGGAUCUUAUUCUCCGGAGCGAAUGCGUUGCUGUUUCGGAUGAGAUCGGCUUUUUUCUUUUUUGUUGGGAUUUGCGGCCCCUAUUAGGGAUGGAGAUGAUGUUAAAAAGAUUUUUCUCAAAAAAGACAGAACAUAAUAUUUCUGUCUUGUGUUACAUGAUUCGGAAAACACGAGGUCUGGGAAUGGGAUUACAUGGCACAGGCGUUUGUUUGAAAUUCAUAGAUCGGAUCGAAGACAAGGCGGAAUUGGGGGGAAAGGUUUGGGUGAUUUAGCUUGAGCACGUUCUCAAUACCUGGCCAUCUGGCCACCGACUCUCUAGCGUAAAAAAAUGAGAUAUACAUCU